AUGGAUACUACACACUUUUUGAGAAUUUCCAAGGACCCAAAGUGGGUAUUAACCAAACUUGCGGGGUACUUAACUGCAAAAGCUGCAGUUAGUUGUUCAUCAAAAGCGGUGCCUUAUUCUUCCUUUCGUCAUAUUGCUCCCCUUACACGCCUCGGCGGUUCUCUCAAAUCUCAGUGUUCAACAUGGAGGAAGGUUGACCAACUUACCCAAAUCAAUGGACAUGGUGUCUCAAAGGAAGGAAAUGCUAUAAGAAACUUUGGUCUUGGAGGCCCUCUCACAGAUUCAAACACUGACAUUAUUGCAUUAAAGAACUACAUGGAUGCUCAGUAUUAUGGUGAGAUUGGUAUUGGAAGUCCCUCUCAAAAGUUCACUGUGAUCUUUGAUACUGGAAGUUCUAAUCUAUGGGUACCUUCUUCAAAGUGCUACUUUUCAGUAGCUUGCCUUUUUCACUCAAAGUACAAGGCGAGCCAUUCAAGCACCUACAAGAAAAAUGGGACAUCUGCUGCUAUUCAAUAUGGAACUGGAGCUAUCUCUGGUAUCUUUAGCCAAGACUCUGUCCAACUUGGUGAUCUUGUUGUUAAAGAACAGGAUUUUAUAGAGGCAACAAAAGAGCCUGGCAUCACUUUCUUGGCAGCCAAGUUUGAUGGUAUUCUUGGCCUUGGAUUUCAAGAAAUCUCUGUUGGAAAUGCUGUUCCUGUCUGGUACAACAUGGUAAAUCAAGGUCUUGUUCCCGAACCCGUAUUUUCUUUUUGGUUUAAUCGCAAUGCUGACGAGGAUGAAGGGGGUGAACUUGUGUUUGGUGGGGCCGAUCCUAAUCAUUUUAAGGGCAAACACACAUAUGUACCUGUGACUCAAAAGGGUUAUUGGCAGUUUGAUAUGGGCGAUGUCCUUAUUGGAGAUACAACUACUGGAUUUUGCAGUGAUGGUUGUGCAGCAAUUGCUGAUUCUGGAACCUCUUUGUUGGCAGGUCCAACGACUAUUAUUACUCAAAUCAACCAUGCAAUUGGUGCUGCUGGAGUAAUGAGUCAGCAAUGCAAGACAUUGGUUAAUCAAUAUGGAAAGACUAUAAUCGAGAUGCUCUUAUCCGAGGCACAACCCGAUAAAAUCUGUUCUCAAAUGAACUUAUGUACUUUUAAUGGUGCCCGAGAUGUUAGUUCAAUAAUUGAGAGUGUGGUUGACAAGAAUAAUGGUGGUGUUGGUGUACAUGAUGAGAUGUGUACUUUCUGUGAGAUGGCAGUUGUUUGGGUGCAAACUCAAAUAAAAAAGAAUCAGACUGAAGAUAACAUACUUAACUAUGUCAAUGAGCUUUGUGAUAAGCUGCCCAGUCCAAUGGGAGAAUCUGCAGUUGAGUGCAGCAGUCUUUCCUCCAUGCCCAAUAUCGCGUUUACUAUUGGUGAUAAAAUUUUUGAGCUUUCCCCAGAACAGUAUGUUCUGAAAAUUGGUGAGGGAGAAGUAGCACAAUGCAUCAGUGGAUUUACUGCUAUGGAUGUGGCCCCACCUCGUGGACCGCUUUGGAUUUUGGGAGAUGUUUUUAUGGGUCAAUACCAUACGGUGUUUGAUUAUGGGCGCUUACGUGUUGGAUUUGCUGAAGCAGCUUGAGGGAGGGACAGACUUUUCUGACUGUAAAUAUUUUCUAAAAAAAAGAGUUUAAAUAAAGUCUUUUUCGUCGUGUGUGUUUUUACUUCCGUAAAUUUCGUUGUUGGAUUGUAAAAAACGUGAGGUGGUAUGUGUUAGGAACUGAUGUUUGUUUGUUUACCAGUUAUCGUUAUGUUAUGUUAUGUUAUGGUUGUUUUUGUUUUA